GUUGACACCAGCAACUGCUCUGCACACAUACCCGCAGACACCGCUAUUUGGAUCACUUUUGCAAGAUGUAUGUGAGAAUGACAAGCUGCCACAGCCACUUUUGAAUAUGCUUUCCAUAAUUGAUCAGAAGGGUCCUGUUACAAACGCAAUCUUCAGCAAAUGUGCCAGCUGGGAGGACUGUCUAGCCCUAAAGGAAAAAUUAAACUCUGGAGAGCAUGUCGAUUGGGAAACCACAUGCCCUGUUUUGGUGGCAACCGUCUUGAAGGACUUACUUCAAAACAUUCCUGGAAGUGUACUCACAGCCAACCUAUAUGAGAAAUUCAUUGACGUUCUGGAUGAAGGGAAUGAGGAGGCCAAGAUAGCCAUGAUUCUGAGGCUUUUGCAACAGCUGCCUAAGCCAAACGUCCAUCUCCUGCAAUCUCUCUUUCGCUGUUUGUGCAAGAUUUCACAGAAUUCACCCUCGAAGGAAAUGACAAGUUCUAACUUGGCUUGGUGCAUUACCCCGAGUCUUCUACAGCCACCAAUUGCCAGCAUCUUAGAUAAAGGAACAGAAUGGAAGAAAAAAGUUGCUUUUGUACAAUUUUUGCUUGAUCACUGCUUCAAGAUUUUUGGAGAUGACUUCACCCCCACCAUCAGAGAUAACGUAACACAUAUGGACCACAAUCUAGAAGCUUCAGAAGCAUGCAGUCAUCCAGAAAACGUGGGAAUGGGAUUCCAUGAGUUGAACACUACAUCUAACCAUCUCACUUCUUCCUCACAUUCUCAUCUGAAGCCUGCUCGAAAGAAACAUUCCAUUAAAAAGUGGUUAGCUCAGCGUGUCUUUGGCAACAAGCACAACAAGGUGGCACCAACACCUACUUUGCCCACUUCUAAACAAGCACCGCUGUUUGGGUCACCCCUGCGUGAUAUAUGUCCCAACGGCCAGCUGCCAAAGUCAAUUUUAGUAAGUUUCAGUGUACUCUUCUAUACCCUGGCAUUUCUGAGCUACAGAUUUAUCCAUGUUUGUCUCAAAAAUGAAAAAGUCACUGGAUGA